AUGUUGAGUCGUAAUCAGCAUUCUUACUGCUCCGACGAUGGCCCUACGACUUCAAACACUUCGCCUUAUCAUCUCUUGCUUCAUCGUCUUCCUGUCCGCCACCUCUCUGUUUUUAUUCGUGUUUCUAUCACCAGAAGCAUCGCAGCGGGGUAUUGUUGGGUUUUUGAUAUCAUUUUACUCAGUGAAUUUGGCCAGAUGUUUUUGGUCGAUCACUCGAAAGCCAUUGUUCAAAUAUCCGCAGUCCGUUGGCUCUGA